CCAUUUCUGUAAGUAUGAAGAAGAAUCAAUAACAAAUCCGUCCGUCCGUGUGAGCACCGAUGUACACAGACAGGUUUCGCAAACACAUUGUGCCCAUUUGUUCCAAAGGGAAGAAAGGAAAGUAUAUUCGUAAUAGGCUAUAAUACCACAAGAACAAGAAACAGAGCUUAAAAUGACUGAUUGGGAUGACAUGCCUCCUUUAGAAGAUGAUGAUGCAGCACUCCAUCAGAGGACAGGUGCAUCCCAGCUGUUAGCACAGAAUGGAUUAGAUCAGUCAGAUUGCUCAGAUGACAAUGAAGACAUGUGGGAAGAAAUGGAAGAAGAUAUUCACGUGAAAACGAAGUGCUUAUUUUGUGAUGACCGAACACUUUCCAUUCAAACCUGCUGGACACACAUUAAAGAUGUGCAUGAGUUUGACUUUAAAGCUUUUGUUUGCGGUCAAGAUAUGGAUCAGAUUGAUUUUAUUAAGCUAAUCAAUUUCUUGAGAAAAGAAAAACCUUCACCCUCUGAAUUAAAGUCAAUGGAUAAAAUUACUUGGAAUUGUGAUACAUAUAUGAAACCAGCUUUUGAAGAUGAUGCUCUUCUGAUGUAUGAUGUUGAAGACUUCACAAUGCCUGAGGACAACCAUAUGAAAAACAAAGACAGGGAAAUCGGAAACCUAAAGUCCACUAUUGAAGGUUUACAGGAAAUUAUUGAUAAGCAGACAGAAACCAUGCAAAGAAUGCUACAGGCUGCACAGGCAAACAGUGAGAAUCAACAUCGACCUUCAGUUCGAACAGUCAGCUGCAUAAGACCUGAAGAAGAUGAAGGAUAUUUUAACUCUUAUGCCCAUUUUGAUAUUCACCAUGAAAUGCUUUCUGAUCGAGUCAGAACGGAAUCAUACAGGGAUGCAAUUUUGGGCAAUUCUUUGUUGCUCAGCAAGAAACGUGUAUUAGAUCUUGGUUGUGGAACAGGUAUACUUUCUAUGUUCAGUGCUAAAGCUGGAGCCAUAGUUACUGGUGUGGACAUGUCAGAUGUCAUAUAUCAGGCAAUAGAUAUAGUUAGGGAAAACAACUUGGAGAACAGAAUAACACUGCAAAAGGGACGUUUGGAAGACAUGGAAUUUAAUGAUGAAUAUGAUUUCAUUGUAUCAGAGUGGAUGGGCUAUUUUCUUCUCUUUGAAGGCAUGCUGGACUCGGUUUUAUAUGCCCGAGACAAGCAUUUAGCCAAAGGUGGCAUACUACUCCCCAAUAGAUGCACAAUGCAUAUAACAGGAAUGGAAGACAUGAACUCAUAUAACAAAUUUAUUGCCUUUUGGGAUGAUGUAUAUGGCUUUAAGAUGUCAUGUAUGCGAAGUGGUGUCAUUAAAGAAGCAACCACUGAAGUUGUGAAGGAAGAAUGCAUUAUAACCUCAGCAGAUAAGAUUGCUGAUUUUGAUUUGAUGACCAUUCAGCCAGAGGAUACUGAAUUUGUAUCUGAAUUUUCAAUUAUCGUACAAAGGGAUGGUCAGUUAACAGGUUUAAUUGGCUAUUUUGAUACUUACUUUGAGUUGCCAAAUCCAGUGUUCUUUUCAACGGGACCACAUGCAACUCCAACACAUUGGAAACAGACAAUAUUUUACCAGCCACGUCCUGUUCCUGUUAAAAAAGGUCAGGUUUUGAAGGGAGUGAUCUCUGUAAAAAGAAAAAGAAGAGAAAUUCGCAGCUUAGAUGUAAAAAUAGAAUUUGCAGAUAAAACAUUGUCGUACGUAGUUGAGUGAAAGUAAAAAUCAAAAUUUUUUUA